CUUUCCAACAACUUUUUGUCAUUGCUCGCGGGCACCCACCACCCACGAACCGAGCAAGCUAAACAAUUCAUCUGACUGCUGAACCCUGGUGUCGCUGUGUACUCCGUACAAUUGCCUCACGACUCUUCGUCUUUUCUUGUCCCCCUUCCACCGUGCUCCCGAACUCGAGGGUUGCUUCGAUCGAUUCCCUUGACACCGAGAAGGAAAAGCAAUCCCGGCUGUGAAGCCGAGAACGGACUCAUACCCAGCAACCAUGUCUUCGACCAGACUCAGCACAAGCCUCUGCAGGAUGGCUGCCAGCGCAUCCCGACAGGCCCGCCCAGUGCAACGCCAGACCCGAAGCAUCCACAACCAGAUCAUGUCCAAGAGGACGACACAGCUUCCCACGAGACAGCUUCAGUGGCCUUCAACGCGUGCAUUCUCGGCUUCGGCUGCCCAGGCGCAUGGUCAUAUCACCCCUCCGAAGGCCGGCGAAGAGUUGUGGGUAACAUUCGUUGACAAGGACGGAGACGAGUUCAAGAUCGCUGUAAGCGAAGGGGAUAACCUUCUUGACGUUGCGCAGGAUAACGACUUGGAGAUGGAGGGUGCUUGCGGAGGCUCUUGCGCUUGCUCAACAUGCCACGUCAUCGUUGCCGAAGAGGAAUACUACGAGAAGAUGCCCGAGCCCGAAGAUGACGAGAACGACAUGCUCGACCUGGCCUUUGGAUUGACCGAGACAAGUCGAUUGGGCUGCCAGAUAACCAUGACAAAGGAGCUAGACGGCCUCAAGAUUAAGCUGCCCUCGAUGACACGGAACCUUCAGGCCAGCGACUUCAAAUAAACAAUCACCCUCUUUCAGCAUUGCGGCGUUGGAAGCGGCAUACCACACAAUUAUUUAAUCAUCUGUACUAUAUCAUACAUACACCAUGUCAGAAAAGGAAAGGAUAAGAACGGUUAGCGGGGAGAAAAAGCUAGGGAGGUGUUCUUCAAUCAAGCGCGGCAUCACGGAUGGGAUACAUCGGCUCGGCUCGGCUUAUGCUAGAUAUUGGCGGG